CUGUUGCUCAACACUCGCUCUUUUAACCAACUGCAUCACUUGGCCGGCCAUCACUGGGCUGUGUUUUGACUGUCAAUCCCCCGGCCCUCACCCUGAUCUGCCUGUGGAGCCCAGAGCUCCCCCCAUUGCCCUAUUCCAUUGAUGACUGCAAUUGGCUUCCCCCCAUUAGACAGUGACCCUGUUAGGGCUCCCUCAGCUGUGUCCAUCAGACUGCUGACAAGUGAUUCCUGGAGACACAUCCCUGACCCCAUGUAUUGGGCUUGUGGGAGAUAUGGCCAGAAAGGACAUGGAGAACUAUCUGGGUCUCGUCUGAAGGGCUGAGAACCUCUCUGUUUUCACCCUUUUCUGGGGCACAAAAGCCCACACUUGAUCCUGUGUGACUGAGCUGGUGGAGGCCAGGAGAGGAGAUUCCAACUCUCUCCCAGGAAGGGAGGAGGGACGAGGCUUUUCAGCAUCUCACAUGGUGUGUAUGUGUGUGUGUGUGUGUGUGUGUGUGUGUGUGUAAUGCUCAUGCGACCUUGAGCCUCAAGGUCCUGUUGCAGCCAGUUCGGGCUCUGCUGUAGAGAGACCCUAGAUUGAGAAGAACCUGGGUCCUAGAAGAGAUGGCGUUUGCUGGACAGGAGUUGGACAGGAGGUACCACAUAGACCAUGUUCUUCAUCCUGCAGUGGGAGAACUGGGGACUGAACCCUGGAUGGGAGGAGAGUGGCACUCUUCUAUUGUGCUGGAAGCAGGAAACUUAUGCUCAUCAUCAAGAUUGGAGUUCACCCCAAGUCUCUUUCGUCUGCAGGGGCACCGGGGACCAGGGCAGGAGAGGUUCUGGGGGCCGUCACGGGAGCUGGUGUCACUGCACUGUUUGCUCUCUGCCUUUUCCUCAUCUACUUCAUAGUGAAGACCCGCAGGAAGAAAGCAGCCAAGACAGCCAUGGGUGUGGACGACAUCCAUCCUCCCGUCGGGCCACCUCCCAUGAGUGCCCUGAUUGAACCCCAGCCAGGCAGCCUCACAGACCACCCUCCUCCAACUCUGACUGUCUGCUCCUCGGGAGAGAAAGAAGAGAUUCACUAUGCAUCCCUCAGAUUUCAAAAGAGGCAGCCUGGAAUCCCGCAGGAACAGCAGGUCACUGAUAAUUUGUACUCAGAGGUCAACAUAUCCACCUGAGGAGCUGCAGAGACUUGGCCCUGGUUUGAUGAUGGUGGCCCCCCCACAGGGCAAAGAGGAAAACAGGAGUGGGUUCCUAUAAAAUGAAAAGCUGUCUAGGUGAUGAGUUAAAAGUAUAGGGAAAGAUCACAGGCUUUGGAACCAAAGAGUGGUGAGUUCAAAUCCACACUCUGACCCUUUACUAAGUGAUAUGCCAAUCCCUACCUCUCUGUGCCUGUUUCCUGCCCUGUGAAACAAGUUGAGAAGCCCUGCUUGCAAGUUUGUGGUGAGAAUUGAGGGAGUGAUAUUGUAUCUGAGCACCUGGCUCAACGUGUAUGCUGAAUCCCUGUGCUUUGAACAGAAAGUUCCUACUGGCAAUUUCUCUUGACGCUGGCGGUGACCAGCAUCAGACCUCAGUCAUUGCAGCUGAGGUCCCUCCUCCUGGAAUGCCCACCUGGCCUUCAUCUGCCUCUGUCUUUGAAAGUGGAAUUCAAGGGGUAGACUUCUGGGUGGAGAUGGGAGUCAAGCAGAAGCUCAUGACUUCUUCCCAUAAAGACAAACCAAAUGAAUGAGAAAGGUUCCCAAAUGAUCACAGGACCAUCUGAUGAAUGAAACAUGAUCCCCAAAUUCACCUGCAGCUACCAGAUGAGGGAAGGAGUAUGUCACAGCAGUCACUUCCUAAAGUGGCCUUGAUGGAAAAAAAAAGAAAGGACUGGAUCUGGCAUUAAACAUUCCCUAAAUCUGUGCUGCAGCUCAUUUAUUACAGCACCAAAAGUCAUUGUGUACCAAUGAACAUUUUUUUAAAAAAUCAUGCAAUACUUCUGUAUCAAAGCUACAGAAAAACAGCAAAAAAAUGCAGAACAUUGCUGAGAGAAAUUAAAGAAGAUCCAAAUGAAUGAAAAAAUACACCAUGUCCUUGGAUUGGAAGACACAAUCAGUUUUCUCUGUAUUGACUUAAAGUAAUUCCAGUGUGUGUGUGUGUGUGUGUGUGUGUGUGUGUGUGUACACAAAUUGAUAAGUUGAUUCCACAAAUUACAUAGAAAUGUAAACGACAUAGAAUAGUCAAACAACUUUAAAAAGGAACACAGUUGGAGAAAUAACAUUUUACUAUUAUAUAAAGUUAACCAAGAGAGUGUGUUAUGGAACAAAAGAGAGAGAGAGAGAGAGAGAGAGAGAGAGAGAGAGAGAAUUAAUUUGAAAAGCACCAACUAUUCAACUGAGAAAGGAAAAAAAAUUUUUUUAACAAAUGGUGGUGAUCAAGUGGAUCAAGUUUUGGGAAAAAUGAAUCUUGUCAAUUAUAUAACUGGAAUCAUACAGUAUGUACUCUUGUGUCUGGUUUUUUUUUCACUCAGUAUUACAUUUUUGGAAAUUCAUCCAUGCUGUUGUGCAUAUCAGCAUUUUUUUUCUUUUUAUUGCUGAGUGGCAUUCCACAGCAUGAGUGUAUCACAGAUUGUUUACCGAUUUUUCUACUGAUGAACAUUUGGUUUGUUUCCAGCUCUUGGCAAUUAUGAAUAAAGCUGCUUGCAAGCAUAUUUGUACAUGA